AUGAGGUCUACUCCAACGCUUCCCGUCCGGAUAUUGACCCAUAACAUCCGUUAUGCAACCAACUCUCCAUUCAAGGGGGAGGUCCCCUGGGCCGAACGAAGACAAAAUCUUUUGAAUGAACUAAAGUACCACUCCCGCCAUUGUGACGAGACUUUUAUAUGCCUUCAAGAAGUUCUUCAUGGCCAACUUGAAUACAUAAGUGCCGGAUUGAACACAAUCAAAGCUUCUUUGUCUCAAGAGUGGGCAUACAUCGGAGUUGGUCGAGAUGAUGGCCAUCAAGCGGGUGAAUACUCGCCAAUAUUCUAUAAACCGUCAGUGUGGAACUUACAGCACUGGGAGACGGUAUGGCUUUCUGAAACUCCCUCGGAGCCUUCUAAAAGUUGGGACGCAGCCUCCGUCCGCAUCGUCACCAUUGGCCUCUUCACCCACCGCGAGACAGGCAAUACUGUCCUAGCCCUGAAUACGCAUCUCGAUGAUCAAGGAUCGCAUUCACGACUUGAGGCUGCGCACAUCAUACUAUCCAAGAUUCGGGAUUACCAGCAAGGUUCGUUUGGGAGUCUGAUUUCGGGCACGUUCCUAUCUGGAGAUUUGAAUAGUCAAGAGAAGCAAGAAGCAUACUUGGAGUUAACAUGUAAGGGAGGAUUGGGUGAUACCUACAAGAUGGCUUCUGACGCGUGUCGGUAUGGUAACCACAACACCUUCACUGGGUUUGGAUACGGCAAGGAGCCCCCAAAGCGUAUUGACUUUAUUCUGUUGGCACCUGAGGGAAAUCAGCCCUGGCGAGUUGACGGAUAUUCUGUGAUACCAAACAGAUUUGAUGACGAGGUUUAUAACUCAGAUCAUUGCGCGGUGGUUGCCGAUCUCACGCUGGUUGGUUAG